UGACAAUGUAGAGCAUCGCGAGGGUGAAGGUCGAAUCUAUCAGGUGCGCGUGGAAGAAGACACCGGACAGUUCGAUAUUGAAUAAAAGCAAUGGAGAACUUUAAACCCUUUCCAGGAUUUGGAACUAAGGCAACUCAUGUAGGACAAGAGCCAGAAAAAUGGAAUUCUAGGGCUGUGGUUCCACCGAUUUCAAUGUCAACAACGUUUAAGCAGAAGGCACCGGGGGACCAUCAUGGUUUUGAAUACUCCAGAAGUGGCAACCCUACUAGAAACUGUCUAGAAGAAUGCUUAGCAGCUCUUGAAAAUGGCAAGCAUGGAUUGGUCUUUGCUUCUGGAUUAGCUACCACUACUGCUAUCACCUACUUGCUGCAGACGGGAGAUCAUAUCGUCAGCAUGGAUGAUUUAUAUGGAGGUACAAACAGGUUUUUUAAGAAGUGUGCCACUAGAAUGGGUGUAGAAACUUCAUUUGUGGAUUGCACUGUCAUAGACAAUAUCAAGAAGGCAUUGAAAUCAAAUACUAAGCUUGUUUGGCUUGAGACUCCCACUAACCCUACACUGAGAAUCGUAGACAUAGCUGAGGCAGUCAAAGUCGUCAAACAGAAGAACAAGGAUAUCAUUGUGGUGGUGGAUAACACCUUCAUGUCAUCCUAUUUUCAGCGUCCUUUAGAUUUUGGAGCAGACAUGGUCAUGCAUUCCCUUACAAAAUACAUGAAUGGUCACUCUGAUGUUGUCAUGGGAGCUGUGGCAUUAAAUGAUGAUGCUUUAAAUGAAAGACUCAGGUUUCUACAGAAUGCUUUUGGAGCAGUUCCCUCCCCUUUUGACAGCUUUCUUGUAAACAGAGGUCUGAAAACUCUUCAUGUCAGGAUGAAAGAACACAUGAAGAAUGGUUUGGCUGUGGCCCACUUCUUAGAAUCUCAUCCUUGUGUGGAGAAAGUCAUUCAUCCUGGGUUACCAUCGCAUCCUCAGCAUGAACUGGCAAAGAAGCAGAUGAGAGGAUAUAGUGGAAUGGUGACAUUUUAUAUUAAAGGAGGACUCAAAGAAGCCUCAGAAUUCCUUCAAAAAGUCAAGAUUUUUACCCUUGCAGAAAGUUUGGGUGGUUUUGAAAGUCUGUGUGAACUUCCGUCAGUGAUGACUCAUGCCUCUGUUCCUGAGAAUGAGCGAGAUAAGCUGGGUAUCUCAGACAACCUCAUCCGACUGUCUGUUGGGAUUGAAGAUGAAGAUGAUCUCAUCCAGGACUUGGAUCAGGCUCUUAAGGCAGCAACAAGUGAAAAAGGAAGUCCAGCCAAAAAGAGAAAGGUUGCCAAGUAAUGUAUUAAGAACUAUAGGUAAGUAUAA